GCAGCAUAACCUUACUUUUUUUAAAACUACUCUAAACUUAAAUUAAGUUUGCAUUUUUUUCUUUUUUAUAAUUUUACAACACACACAACACAGACACAGGCUUAAAGGUUUUUACAAAUUAACAUUAGAAGUACCGCAGAGAUGCCCCAUCUUUUGAAAUCAAUUGUAAGGCACACAAUCUUGGCCAAAAAUAACACGGAAACAAUUUUAUGCAAAAGACAGUUGUUUCUACUGAACAAACUUUGCAGUGAAGAAGAUUCCAGUAAAAAAGAUAAGCAAGAAUCUCCUUUGAAGAGACUACUAGAAGAUGCAGCGUCGUUUAAUGACGCCACAUCUACUAGUCCUGAGCAGAAAUGGGCUACUAUGCCUUAUCCAGAAGGUACCGAAGCUCAGCUACAAGAAAGCAGAAAACAAGGAGACUUCUUCAAGCAGAAAAACCAAAAAGAUCCCAGGGACAGUACAAUUAUUUUGUUUCCGGGCCAGGGCAGUCAAUACGUAGGAAUGACAAAAGAGUUGCAAAAGUUUCCCAUGGUUCGAGACUUAUUUCAGUUAGCUAAUUACAUUUUAAAAUACGACCUAAAAAAAAUUUGCUUAGAAGGACCUAAAAGUAAACUAGACGAGACGAAAUAUGCCCAACCAGCUAUUUUUGUAUCCUCAUUAGCUGCCAUAGAGAGGUUAAAGGAAGAAAGACCUCAAGGUAUUGAUAAAUGUGUUGCGACUGCUGGUUUUAGCUUGGGAGAACUUACAGCUUUAGUUUUUGCAGGUGCAUUAGACUUUGAAAAAGCUUUAAAAUUAAUCCAAAUCAGAGCCGAAGCAAUGCAACGAGCGAGCGAUAUGCAUAAAGGUGGUAUGCUGACAGUUUUUUAUGGACCCGAUAGUAAAUUGAAUUAUGCUGUUAAGGCUGCUAAAGACUGGGCUAUUGACAAAGGAGAUGAAGUUCCAGAAUGCCUUGUCAGCAACUAUCUUUAUCCCCAUUGCAAAGUUGUUGCUGGAAGUGAGUCAGCUCUGGAUUAUCUGGAGAAAAACUAUAAGGAAUACAAUUUAAAGAAAUUAAAAAAAUUGCCAGUCAGUGGGGCGUUUCAUUCAGAACAUAUGCAAAUUGCUGUAGAGCCUUUUCAGAGGGCUUUGAAAAAAAUUGAUAUACAAGAUCCUGUCAUCAGCGUAUACUCGAAUGUGGAUGGUAAAAGAUAUAGAAAUGCUGAACAUAUAAGAAAGCAACUUCCAAAGCAGAUCGUAAGGCCAGUGAAAUGGGAACAAACUUUACACUCAAUGUACGAAAGAAACCAAGAUUCCUAUUUUCCGAACACUUAUGAAUGCGGCCCAGGUCAAUCUUUGAAAACCAUUUUGAAGCAGGUCAACGCUAAAGCCUGGGAACAUUGUCAUAGUAUAGAAGCCCUCCUCAAUUGAAAUAGUCACGAGCCGCCACUGAAUCAAGAAAUCAGUCAACCGAUUGGAUUAUUUUCUAAAACUUUUGUAAAUAUGUUUUUUACAAAAAAAUCGUUCUCAUGAGAAGGCUGCAUCAUCGUUUUGAGAAUCAGAUGCCAGGUAGUGUUGCAAGAUCGUGUACAAUUUUUCUAACUUGAUAAACAAUACAUAUUCAUCUUUUCACUUGUGGACAAUUUUCUUUUCCAAAUAAAAUAAUGCUAAUCUGAUCAUCAAAAUAACUGGGAGAAAGUGGAUGAGAAAAGCACUCAACAGAGAUAUGGAAUAGGCUCUAACC